AUGGCUUGGAGUAGGGGCCUCUUACUUUCAUUUGGUUUCCUUCUCUCACCAUUCUGUUUGUCAGCCGGAGCACAGCAGCACAUCCGCAGCGCCGUCAGGAAGCUCUACGUGCUCCAGCCCGGUCCGGGUCCCGGUCCCGGUGCCGGGGGCUCGUCGGACGGGAUGCGAGUCAGCUCCAUUUCAACUCGUCACGGCAGCUCGGGGCUUCCGCACUCUUACAGUGUCGACCUCACCGCUAAAUUGGGCAGCCAGGUCCGGACUCGCCGGAUGGGGAAGCAAGCCUCGUCAGCCCAGGAGUCCAUUGUUCAGCACGGCGUUCCGGAGCAGAACCAGCACAGGCAGCUUCUCAAGCAGUCUGGGGUUAAUGUCUGUGGGAGCCAGUGCUGUUAUGGAUGGAGCAAAUCUCAAGGAUCUCAGCGGUGCACAAAGCCAAACUGCAUCCCUCAGUGCCAGAACGGAGGAAUGUGCCUCAGGCCCCAGCUCUGUGUCUGCAAGCCUGGCUCGAGCGGCAAGGCAUGUGAGCAGAGGACUGUGCCCACACACACUCUUCCAGCACAGCCUGGGAAAGGAGCGACCAAUGAUCACAGCAGCGGUCACAACACAGUGCCGCAGCGGCCCAUACCUCAGCAAGUGCCUCCUAAUGCUCAUGAUCUGCCCUCACCUCAAGCUGACAACAUUGCCCAGAUGAAACUGACUGUCAAACCUUCCCCACAGCUUGUGAGGCCGCAUUAUAUCCAACAACACAUCCAGCAACAAAUCCGGACAAUGCCCAUGCACCCUGGACAGCAAUAUGUCAUAAAGCCAAAAUAUUACCAUACACACAGCACCCACACGCAGACGCACAUCAAGCCUCAAUUGGAAAGGCCCAUCCCUUUAUCAGUUGCACACAACCCUAUACACGUGGGCAACCACACAGGAAGGAUCAAGGUAGUGUUCACUCCCACUAUUUGUAAAUUUACCUGUAUGGGAGGGAGAUGUCACAACAACUGCCAGCAGGGAAAUACAACAACCAUCAUCAGUGAAAAUGGACACGCCACCGAUACACUGACAUCUCCCAACUUUAGGAUAGUGGUAUGUCAUCUGCCAUGUAUUAAUGGUGGCAAGUGCAGUGCAAGGGACAAGUGUCAGUGUCCUCCAAACUUUACUGGAAAGUUCUGCCAGAUGCCAGUUCAAAACGGACACCAUCAGCACCGGCAGACGUCGGGCAGCUACAGUCAAACUCAGGUCCAUUCCACGCACACGUUGCCUCUCACCUACAGCAACGGACAGAGUGCCGGAUUUAGUCCCAACAUUGUAAACAUCCACAUCAAACAUCCCCCUGAGGCAUCUGUCGAGGUCCACCAGGUAUCUCAGCUGGACGACCACCACAAUAACGGACAAAACCCAAGAGGGCCCCAGUCAGGAUCGUCUUCAUCCUCCAGCUACAGCUUUCAUCACACUGAAAGCCAUCAGAAGAUCCAACACCAUGGCUACAACGUUAUCUACCCUGGCCAGCAUGGUGACCAGGUCACGCAUUACCAGCCUGUCUCCUCGAAGAACACUUUAGGACGUUGCUUCCAAGAAACCACUGGUAGUCAGUGUGGGAAAGCUUUCCCAGGUCUCACUAAACAGGAGCAGUGCUGUGCGACUAUUGGGACAUCAUGGGGUUUCCACAAAUGCCAAAAAUGUCCGAGUAAACAAUCAAUUCCUCUAAUCGACUGCCCUCAAGGUUUCAAGAAAGUCAACAGCACUCAUUGCCAAGAUUUGGAUGAGUGUCAGUUACAAGGGGUGUGUCCUAAUGGAAAUUGUGUGAAUACUGUGGGCAGCUACAGAUGCAUGUGCAAACCCGGCUACAUCCCCAACUCCAUGCUCACCUCAUGCAUAUCCAACAUGCCCGCCAUCCAAGAGGAGAAAGGGGCUUGCUUCCGUUUGGUGAGCUCAGGGAGGCAGUGUUUGCACCCAGUGUCUGCUCAGCUGAGCAAACAGCUCUGCUGCUGCAGUGUGGGCAAAGCCUGGGGACCACAUUGUGACAAAUGUCCCCCUCCUGGCACAGCUAUGUUCAAAGAAAUCUGCCCUGGUGGGAUGGGCUACACUGUUCUCCCAAAUCCACCCGUCAAUAAACCAGUUACAGUUUACCAGACACCAAGUGAACCACUUACCCCUCACCCUUUGCCAACACCAGAAAAACCAGUGGAGGCUUUUGGGAAGCCAGAAGAGAUUAUACCAGCAACCGCUGCCCCGGAUCAGGAGCUGGUUGUACCUGCAGUUAGCAUUAGACCAGUUGUUGAUUCCAUACUACCCCAACUAUCUCCUGGUGUAUCCACUGUCAAGAUGAAUGCAACUUACCCAGAGGUGGUUGAGCAGAGCUCUCCCCCUGUUCCGGUGGAGAUUCUCCCCUCUAAUGCAGGCCAAGACAUUGCUCCAACUCAGUCUGCAGAGGUGGAUGAAUGCCAGAUCAACCCUUAUAUUUGUGGACGGGGUCUUUGUUACAACACAGCUGAAGGUUACACCUGCCAUUGUGAUGACGGAUACCGCUUGAACGAUGCACUGACCUUCUGUGUAGAUAUGGAUGAAUGUUUGGAGACCCCAUCUUUGUGUUCUGCCGGUCUGUGCCAAAACACAGAGGGAAGUUUCCUGUGUGUGUGUCCACAAGGAUUCCUAGUUGAUGAAGAGGGAACCGCUUGUCUGGAUAUCAAUGAAUGUAUGAACAGGACAGUGUGUCCAUCUGGCAUUUGUAUUAACAGCCCAGGUGGUUACAACUGUGGAUCCUGCCCACUGGGCUUCCUGGCACACGGAGGCCAGUGUGUAGACAUAGAUGAGUGCCAAGAUCAGCGUUUCUGUACCAGGGGCCACUGCUUGAACACAGACGGUUCCUUUAUCUGUCAGUGUGGGCCAGGCUUCACUUUGUCUCUGUCUGGAGAUCAGUGUGAUGAUGUGAACGAAUGUUUAGAAGACGAGCCCUGCAAAUCCAUUGGGGAGUGUGUUAACAACAUGGGCUCCUACACAUGUACCUGUCCCAAAGGUUACCGACAGAUUGACAGCACCAGCUGCAGAGAUGUUGAUGAGUGCUCGGAUGAGCCAGAACUCUGUUCGCCCCACGGUGAAUGUCUCAAUACAGAGGGAUCCUAUGUGUGCGUGUGUGGGAGUGGAUUCACUGCUAGUCUCGACACACCUUCCUGUGAUGAUAUUGAUGAGUGUGGACUCAAUGAGACUUUGUGUAGUCCUCAUGGUUUCUGUGAGAAUAGAUUGGGUUCAUUUAGAUGCCUUUGUGACCAGGGCUACCAGGGAAGCCAAGAUGACCAAAGCUGUAUCGACGUGAAUGAGUGUGAGCUGCUGAAUAGUGUCUGUGGAGAAGCUCAGUGUGUGAACAUUGAAGGUUCUUUCCUCUGCACGUGUCCCAGCGGCCAAGAGUAUAAUGUCAUGGUGUCCAGAUGUGAGCCUCUUCCCACAGUGCCAUCUAUAGAGCGUAAAGAGUGCUACUUCCGUCUUAAUGAUGAGAACUUAUGUGAGAGUGUGCUCACCAGCCAUGUCACACUGGAAGAAUGCUGCUGCACACUGGGAGCUGGCUGGGGGGACAACUGUGAGGUUCAUCCUUGUCCUGUCAAUGGCACAGACCAAUUCAACCAAAUGUGUCCAUCAGGAAAAGGAUUUAUCCCAAGUGGAGAUUUGCUUUAUGAAGUUCCUACACCUGAAAGCUACAAAAAUGCAGAUGAGUGCAUGCUGUUUGGCCAGGAGGUGUGUAAGGGAGGCUUCUGUCAAGAUACUGUGGGCAGCUAUGAGUGUUAUUGCAAGACGGGACAGGACUAUGACCCUUCCAAGAUGGAAUGCAGAGACAUAAAUGAGUGCCUCGAUGAGUCGGUGUGCGCUGGAGCAGAAUGUUUGAACACUGAAGGGUCAUACAUUUGUUACUGUAAUCAUCCUAUGGUGUUGGAUCCCAACAGUAACACCUGCAUUUAUGUUCCUGAUGUGGCUAACCAACAUGAGGUGGGGCAAAUGGACUUCCAGGGUAUCUGCUGGCAGAAGGUGACAGAAUCCAUGACAUGCACUCUGCCGCUGGGUCCUGACAGGAAGACGACAUUCACAGAGUGCUGCUGUCUCUAUGGAGAGGCAUGGGGAAUGGAAUGUGCCUUAUGCCCGCCCAAAAAUACAGGUGAUUACGCCUCCAUGUGUAACCUUGGUAGGAGGCAUCCUUACGGCCAUGAUGCCCUUGUUGCUGGUCCAGUCCAUGAAUAUGAUUCCAGUUUAGACUAUUCACCAUCACCUGAGGAACAUUCUUCGAUGCUAUUCUACAACAAUAAGGAAUAUCCUUUCAAGGCAUUUGAGGGUUUGGGAGCUGAGGAGUGUGGCAUAUUGAACGGCUGUGACAACGGUCGAUGUGUCCGCGUCCAAGAAGGUUACACCUGCGAAUGCUUUGAUGGUUACACGCUGGACCUGCCCCGCAUGGCCUGCAUUGAUGUAAACGAGUGUUCGGAGCUCAACCAUCGCAUGUCUCUGUGUAAAAACGCAAAAUGCAUUAACACUGUGGGUUCGUAUCGGUGCGUUUGUAUGCCGGGUUUCACUCCCUCUGAAAAACCUAAUUAUUGUGUGGCGUCGACACAAAACCUGGUGGUCGUCGAACAGUACGUGGUGCAAAAUCUGAAGGAGAACAAAUAG